UCAAAUAGGCUAUGUAUACCGCCCGAGAUAAUUGCUUUAAACAUAUAAAACAGUGAAGCUGCCAUGAUUAUCGAUGUAAAUUGAACAAAAAAGAAACAGUAUGAAAUAUUUCUAUUGCCUUUGUGUCGCUAUCGGAUUGGCGCAAUGCAUCUCGGGAAAAUACAUCGACCCAAAUCCAGUUGAUAUUCUGAACGACUAUUACUACGAUGACAGCCCCCUGACGGUUUGCUAUGACGAGAUCGGAUGUUUCUCAUCCGCCUAUCCAUUCUACGAUCCACCUUACCGCCCGGUUAGUUGGUUACCCGAGAGUAGGGCCGAGGUCGGGACUCAUUUCUACCUGAAUACGAGACAGAACCCACAAUCGCCCACGGAACUUUUAACCAGUGAUUCAUCUACUAUCAGAGAUUCAUUCUUUGACCCGUCGCAUGACACAAAGUUCAUCGUCCACGGCUUCACUCAAAAUGGCGACGUGCAAUGGAUGUUCGACAUGCAGGAGGCGUUCCUCAACUACGGGGACUUUAACGUGAUACGUGUAGACUGGAGCCAGGGAGCUGUCGAUCUUUACGGCAAGGCCGUCGCCAACACCCGCAUCGUCGGGGCGGAGAUCUCGCUUCUUAUCGACAGGAUUAAGGAAGUCUUUGGAAUGACGUCAUCCCAAUCCUUCCACAUCAUUGGUCACAGUUUAGGCGGUCACGUGGCUGGUUACGCAGGGGAGAGACAGGCCGACCUAGGUCGCAUAACGGGUAUGGAUCCAGCUGGGCCAUACUACGAAGACACAGACACCAUCGUGCGUCUAGAUCCUACUGAUGCUCAGUUCGUUGAUGUCAUUCACACUGAUACUAGUCCUAUAUACAACCUAGGCAUGGGAAUCUAUGUACCAUGUGGUCACGUGGACAUUUACGUCAAUGGCGGACGGGAACAACCCGGAUGUGAUCAGGGGAUUGUGGAGCACAUCAUCAGUGAGGGCAGUCUUGUUAUUGGCGGUGUCUCGUUCGUGGUCUGCAACCAUCUCCGCAGCUACGAGCUCUUCACGGAGUCUAUCAAUACCCAAUGCCCGUUCACUGCAAUGAGAUGCGACGGUUACGACUACGAAGACUACCUCGCUGGGAAAUGCUUCGACCAGACCCAGUCCAUUGCCCUGGGUUACCAUACCGACACGAACGCCAUCUCCGGCGCGGAGGAGAACGUUGUAUACUACAUGCAGACGAUGGACGAGACCCCGUUCUGCGGUGAGUCCUACUGGGUGAAGCUGUACCUGGUAAACAAGUUCAUAAAUGACGACGUGAAAGGAGAGCUAUUCGUCACUUUGUUCGGGACACUCGGUCAGACAACCAAACUCAAACUCAAUUUGGAAUCGAUUGUCUUCGAGCACGAUAAGAACUACAUGUUCGCCUUCCUUGCCGAGGACUACAUCGGAGACCUGACGGGACUCUACUUCGAGUGGAGUUACGACCGUGACUGGUACCGACCAGGGGAGUGGGAUUUCUUCAUCAAACCCAAGAUCUACAUCGACUACUUGGAGGUCGAAUAUGCCGAGGAUGAUUUCAGAUACUUGAUGUGCAGCGGUUCCGGGUCGGAGCGAAACGGUAUAGAGGCAGAUGGCGAGCAAGCUGCAUUCCUAGUUUCAUCUCAGUGCUCUUAGAUAAAUCUUGAUUUCACUCCCGAGAAUUUUGCUCACUUUAAAUAUUAUAUGAAAUGAUUAAAUAAUAUUCCAGCGACAAAUUCGGUUUAAAAGUUCAUAAUCCCUUUAGGUGGAUUUAAAUUACCCUAAAACGAUUUAAUAGUGUAUUUUAGAUAAUGUUCUUCAUGAUCUUCAUGACCUUAUUCUUCGUAACUCACCGUGCUAUGUUUGAGAACCCAACCAAUUAAUGUAAUCAACUUCCAAAAAAACCCUUAUCCAGCGAUAAGCCCCCAAAAUAAGCUUUUGAAAUUGAGUGUAAUCGAAUCCAUGUUGCGAAAGAGGAAUAUUUAGUGCAGUAUGCGCUCAGCAUUAAUUAUUUUUGAUGACUUGACUGAUUAAAGCUUAAGCUGCUUAGAAGUUAAAAGUAACAAUUAAGUGUCUAUAGCAAAAAGAAAAAAGAAAUGUAUUAUAUCAAAAGCUUCAGAAAAUAUCAACGAAUCAAUGAAUUGAUAUUUCAAUCAGGAUUUUUAAUAAAAGUGAAUGAUUACAAAAUA